UUCAUGACAGGAUAGGCCAUAUACAUGGGACUCCCUGGAUCUGAUUCAAAACAGCAGACGAGGGAGUGAUUCGUGAUUAGAAACACAAGUCCCCGUGCCGUGUAACAGUUUGUUGUCCCAAUGUCAUCCAACUACCGGUAGAUACAGAACCACAAAUCCACAAUGUCGAUUUUCCACUGAGUGGUUUGGAGCUUGAGGCAGUUCAAGAGUUGGUUUUUUCCCUUCUCUUCUCCAACAUCUGAAUGUUGAAUUAUUUUGUAAACGACUAUUACUCUGAGCUGUCACAGUGUCGGCGAAACAACCGUAGUGCAGGCAGCUCCAGCAGUAGACUCCGCAAGUGCCGGUAAUAGCAAUGGCAUUUUGGAGUGGAAACUCUGCGGGCGUCGGCGAGCCGUCCCCUGUGAUAAAGCCCAAACCCACGCCACCUCCUCGUGACGGUGAUGAGUGGCUGAAACGCGAGGGUCUCUCCACCUUAUUUCCUGAAAUCCCUGACAGUUUUUUAGGUCGAUACAAGAUUGACUACCAUGCUGAGACUCUAGUUGGAACGGAAGAGGAGAUUGCAGAGAGUCUGAGAGAAAAGUCUGAGCUGGACUUCUCCGAUUUGGAAAGGUUGGCGGCGAACAUCGACGCGUUGAUUGAGCAGAUUAACCAGCUGCAUAUCAUGACCGGACCUAGCAGAGGUGUGCGCGGCGUGACGCGCCUUGCCACACGGGGAGGUGGCGGCGGCGGUGAGUCCCGCGACUCCAGCGUCGUCACGGCAACAGCGGCACAGAGCGCUGCUGCUGCUGGUGACGGUAUUCUUCAGCCAUCUGUUCCUGAGGAGGCUGUUGCACCGGGUGGUUUGGGGAGAAUGGACACAGCCAUGGCCACCACCGUCGCCAGUGGAGCCAUGCACGGCACCAGGGGAGGUGCUGGUGGAGGUGCUCGGCAGAGACCCGGCGCAGGGAGGCGAGGGAGACACGGUGAUCAACCACGCGGCAUCUCUUCGGUCAAGUAUCCGGGUUUUGACGUGGGCGAAGUAACUAGCUUGCCAGUGGUGGUUGAGCCAGCAGAACUGCUCAGCGAGCCCGUCAGCCAUCUUGAGGUGUCAGACGAUUUCAAGCGGAAAUGGCGGCAAGUGAUGACAAACGAAAUGUCCAUACUCCUCUUACAGGAUGUCUUCUGGUGGUUCUUUCUGGAGCACUUCAGUCCAGAUGCAGAGAAUCAGGACCUGCUCUUCUCACGCAUUGCCGACACGUUUGUAUGGAUGCUGGAUUCGCCCAGCAUGGAGGAAUACCGGGACGAUAUGUUUCAGUUAUACCCUCACUGCCUCUCUCAAUCUCUGCUGUAUUCGUUCUGUCGAAUGUUCCCGUCGUCCCGCGGCCUCUUUGAUGAUGACUUCAGGACGGAUGUGGCUAACACUAUCUGGCAGUGGAUAUCUGGUAUUGUGUGUCCGCCGCGCUUUCACUGGUCCCAGUGGCCGCUGAGUAAGCUGGGCGUGUGCCGUCCCGUUGCACACAUCCCCUCCGACACUAACAUUGUGUUGUAUCGCAAGGCCCUGCAGAAUCUCGACCUGCUGCCACCGCUCAAACCGCACGAUCAGACAACGACAACAACGACUGCAGCUGCAGUGGGGGUGGCACAGCAGCGUAUUACCAGCGCACUGCAACGUGCCACCGCAGGUCAGCCGAGAGCGACGUCCGGCAGGCGACAUCCCAGUGCCAGACCAGUGUCAUCACAGCGCAAGCGAGCGGCAGCCAACGGCAAGAAUGACCAACCUGCCAGACCAUCAUCAGCUCCACUGUCCAUUGCUGAUCAUGUAGCACAGCAGCUGCAUGCCAGUGACCUGGAGGCUGAGCGUAUUGAGGAGCAGAAUAAGCGAAACAAGAAAGUGAAGGCCAAGUCGCACACGAUAGGAUCAGACGCCGACUACCGGCGUGUGAUAUUUGACAUGAAGGGACGUAGCCCUCUGGUUGAACACUUUCUGGUAUGUCACCGCAACCUCUCCAAGCGCACCAACACUAUGAUCCGAGCCGAAAUGGAGCCAGACAGAUCUGACGAUUCAAAGCAAACAUUUGACGACGCUCUUCAGCAGACCCGAGCAUUUGGACAGCGUUUGGAAGACCGUUAUCGCAAGGCAGUCGAAGAGCAGACGGAGCGAGCUCUGGCUCUGCAAGCUGAGUUUGCUGUUGCCAAGCAACACAUACAAAGGGAUGCUGAUGAGAAGUGCAGGGACAUCAUGCGGCGUCGACGGGUGGCGACCGACGAACUUCUCGACAAGCCGGUCUAACUGGCAGCCCCAUCGUCACCGACCUACUAACGUGCCUUGUGUAUGUCAUAGUUGUGAAUGUCUAUCAGAAAUAAACCUAUGAAAAUUAUUAGCUCUGCCAUCAUGUCCACAUACAAAACGUCUAUCAGAAGAAGGCGAGGAAAUUUUCUUUAAAAAAAUCUUUUUUCUCAUUUUUUCACAAAACUGUAGAUACUUUGCUACCUCGUGUGGAACGUGAAUUUUAAAAGAUUUGUAGGAUGUUGAAUCUAUGUUUUUUUUACUUUGAUAUUUGUUGUGUUCUAUUUCAUUUUCUCUGUGCUGCGCUGAUGAGUCCACAAAGGACGAAACAGUUCUGUCCGCAGAUUGAGUUAUAUGUUAUUGUAAUAUUUUGAGAAUAGCUACAUAAAUACAUAAUUAUGCUGACCACUGUUGAGAAUAUCCAGUGCUGGCUUACGUGGCUUACGUGUUUGACAAUGCUACUGACAAGACUUGGAUAGAACCA